UUGGCGCGUGCCUUUCUUUCUGACAGGUGAUGGGAGAAAAACAAGUGGCAUAAAGUCCUCAGUAAAGCUGGGUUUAUUUACUUUUUGGUUGUCGAGGAAACAAACACACGUUGAAAAACAAACAAAAAAGGAUAAAUUGAUAUUUUUUUGGCUGGAGGAAUAAAGUCCACUUGGAGACGCGACUUUUUUUUUCCCCUUUAAAAGUCUGACUUGUGUUCUUGCAUGUCCUUACCGGUGCUGUGCUGUGAGACUGAAAAGACCACCAUGAUCCUGCUAACUCCAUCCUCUGGCUUUUUCCAGCGUGCCAGCAAACUGUUCCUAAGUGAACGGGCCAGUUGGGUCCAGCUCAAAGACUUUGCCCGGAGAAAUGCCGCCAAUGCCUUGUCUCUUGCCAACAUGGUCAUGGGGAUGGCCUCCAUUCUCAGCAGUCUCAAUGGGCACAAUUAUGCUGCGUGUUGGCUGGUGCUGAUUGGUUACCUGCUGGAUUUGGCAGAUGGUGCAGUUGCCAGGCAACUGAACACUUGCUCGGCUUUGGGAGCCAAACUGGACGAUUUUGCCGAUUUCACGACAUUUGGAAUAGCAACGUCGCUGCUCUUAAGGACUCCCAACAUCCUGGACAACAUCCUCUGCAUGUGCUACAUGCUGUCGGUGUUUAUUCGGAUUUGUUUCUUCUCCAGUGGCAUUCCUUUCAUGUAUCGUGGUCUACCAUGUAUCUACUCAUCCGCCAUUCUCGCCUGUCUCUCUCUCCUCACUGGAGGGAACAUGGCCGUGCUCCGGCUCAUUGCCGUGGUCAUGAUCCUCUUCAUGGUCAGCCAGACCCUUUACCCUCAUGACCGCGUGUUGGAGUCACAGGCUUGGAAAAAAGUGGUCUAUGCAGGAGGUAUUAUUAUGGUCUUCUGCUCUUCAUUUCCUCCUGUGUGUCUGUACUAUCUGCUAUGGUCAGUUUCCUACAUUUUGUUCCCAAUGUCCCUAUGGAGCUACAAAGUGUAACGGACUACAACGUCGUGUCCAAACCUACCACACUGCAGACUUGAAGAAAGCCCAUGUGGCCCAACAGAAGCAUCUGCUCUUUUUGCUGCUUUGGAGUAUCAAACCCUGCUCAAUCCCAGAAACUCUGAACUUUGUAUGCUGUUUUUUUUUUUGUUUGUUUUUUAAAUCGUAGAGGUGAUGAACGUUGGGUUGCAGUGAUGAAAUCUGCCUGAGGAACUCAAGAGGACUGAUGGUGAAAUUGUUUCAUUCAAAUCAGUUUGUAAAAAGGCUGACUGCAAAACACUUUUCUAUUUGGGCGAAUUAUGAACUGUGUGUUGCGUUAAAGAUCACUCUUGAAACGCAACAAGGAUUCCAUCACAACUGCUGUUUUGGUGAAGUUUUAUUCAUUGGGAAAAUAGACGAGAACCAUUUGAUGAGAACAAUGUCUUGUAGAUAUCGUAAUUGGGACGCUGAUCUCGGCAGGUCAGAUCUUUUAUUAAAGGGGAAUAAAAAAAGACGAUGCUUUAGCAUGCUUUAGUAUGAGCAUGAGAAAAUGCUCAAGUAUUCAUGAUAGAAAAAACUAAAACGGAUAAAGGGUUUUCUUAUUAGUCCACUGACAUUUUUAAAAUACAAUCAAUUAAAAAUGAUGUAUUUUAUUAUUCAGGAGGAUCAAACUGGCAUUUGAUUCAGAUUAUUUUUACAGCCAGUGCCUCUUAAUGUGCUUUGUGACAUGUAAGCAGUGAUGCAUAAUAAAAGUCACUACAGUAUGAUGAAGAUUAA